UUUGAUUAUCCAUCAAUUUCAACUUCAGCAUCUUUCAAACUCUGUAAUCCUCUUCCAAACGACAAGAUAACCGCCGCGUAUCAUACAUGAGAAAAAAAAGACUUCGCAAUGCCUGUAGUUGCAUAUAUAAAGCAAGCGGCCCUCGAACAGGUCCCGACGAGAAGCGAGGAAAAAUGCACAACAGCUCUCAACACUGACUCAGAUUACAUCCCACGAUUCCAUCUCCUCCGCACCUAGCACAGCUGGCCUGUCACUCUUUAGCUUCUCUUAAUCGCUCUUAAUUUCAAUACCCCCAUUCUGUGCAAUAAUUGGCAAAAUGCAUAGCAAACAGAUACUUCCCCUCGCCCUUGCAACGCUUGCGCUACAAGCGCAAGCCCACCCACGGUGUAAGAGCCCGCCUAACGGAAAAGCUAUCUACAUGAUCUCGAAUGAGAAAGACAACGCCGUUCUUGCCCUCCCGAUAGGGAAAGAUGGUUUAUUGUCACCGGGGACGGCAACGCUCACGGCAACUGGCGGCGCGGGCAUGACUGGAGUGGACAGCGAAGGCCAGCCCGCUGUUCCCGAUGCCCUUUUCAGUCAAUCCAGCAUUACAAUAGCCGGUAACAACUUAUUCGCUGUUAAUGCAGGAUCGAACAGUGUUUCUAUGUUCGCCAUUAGUCAUCAAGAUCCCACAAAGCUCACUCUAGUCGGGAAGCCGGUAGCCGUUCCGGCCGAGUUCCCAGUGACAGUUGCGGCCUCGCUGAAGAACAAGCUUGUUUGUGUGGGAUCUAGUGGCGCAGUUGCAGGUGUGUCUUGCUCUCAGUUCUCGAGUCAAGGAAUCGAGGAGAUGGACGACCUGCGUGUCUUCGACAUUGGCCAGACUACGCCUCCUGUUGGGCCCACUGGUACAGUCUCCCAUGCCUUCUUCUCCGAGGACGAGUCUACUCUCUUCACUACUGUUAAGGGCCGCCCAGAUCAGAACAGGACUGGCUUCUUGGCAGCCUUCGCCGUCGGAACUUCGGACUGUGAGGCCAGUGUUUCAGUGAACCAGGAAGGAAUGCGCUCCACGCCCGCGGGUACGGCUGUUCUCUUCGGGUCAUCGACGAUUCCAGGGUCCGACGACCUCUUCGUCACAGACGCAUCUUUCGGCGGGGCGGUGCUAGCUAAUGGCGGUAGAAGCGAGGAUGCGGCAUUGAAGGCCUUUUCCGUCAGAGGGAAAGGUGUCGUGGAUGGCCAGUCAGCUACGUGCUGGGUGGCAGUCAGCCCAGCGACUAAGACGGCAUUUGUGACGGAUGUUGGCGUCAACCGCUUGGUCGAGAUGUCGCUCCAGGAUGCGAGCAUUAAGAAGGUCAUCGACCUCAGCGCGAACGGUGACCCUGGUCUUAUCGAUCUCAGGGCGGCAGGUCGUCUUGUCUAUGCCCUGAGUCCCGGAAAUGGCAGCACGCCGGCUGCCAUCACCGUGGUAGAUGCUGUGACUAAGAAACAGGUACAGCAUUUCCAAAUUGAUGCUAUGCCUUUUGGGAAGAAUGCGCAGGGUAUGGCUAUUCUUUUGUAGCUAACCUGUCGUUCUGUGUAGUUGUGUCAUAGAGUAGCGGAUAUAGAGCUGUAUAACCUUAUUGCGGAUAUUUAUUAGUAUAAUAUCUUCAUCGCUAGAUUUACUGGUUAUAGGUUAGACUGGAGCUCAUUGGAAUAGAUUCGAAUUGAUCAUUUUGAAGGUGACGCUAGUUCACUCUUAUACAAUUAUACACUUUCGUGAGAAGGUUUUUCAUUCUACCGAUCUUAGUGCUGGAUAGACAAUCCAUUCUGAAAAAUGAC